GGCGGGCCCGCUCCGGCUACAAAGCGGCGAAGGUCACUGCGCGAGCAGGAGCGCGCGGGCCGCCGGGAAUCCCUUCUGCGGCCCCGCGCCCCCAACCCGCCGUCCCCGCCCGGGAGCCAUGGAGGGAGUGAGCGCGCUGCUGGCCAGCUACCCCACCGCCGGCCUGGCGGGCGGCCUGGGGAUCACGGCGUGCGCCGCCGCCGGCGUGCUGCUCUACCGGAUCGCGCGGAGGGUGAAGCCAACACAUACAGUGGUCAACUGUUGGUUCUGCAACCAGGACACACUGGUACCCUAUGGGAAUCGCAACUGUUGGGACUGCCCCCACUGCGAGCAGUACAACGGCUUCCAAGAGAAUGGAGACUACAACAAGCCGAUCCCGGCACAGUACAUGGAGCACCUGAACCACGUGGUGAGCGGUGCACCAAGUUCCCGGGACCCCGCGCAGCCGCAGCAGUGGGUGAGCAGCCAGGUCCUGCUGUGCCGGAGGUGCAGCCACCACCAGACUACCAAGAUCAAGCAGCUGGCUGCUUUCACGCCGCGUGAGGAGGGCAGGUAUGAUGAGGAGAUCGAGGUGUACCGCCACCACUUGGAGCAGAUGUACAAGCUGUGCCGCCCAUGCCAGGCAGCUGUUGAGUACUACAUCAAGCACCAGAACCGCCAGCUGCGUGCCCUGCUGCUCAGCCACCAGUUCCGGCGCCGGGAGGUUGACCAGGCCCAUGGACAGAGCUUCAGUUCCUCGGCAAUGAAGGCCCCCUUCCAGGUCAUCCUGCUGCGUGCCCUGGCCUUCCUGGCUUGUGCCUUCUUGUUGUCCACUACACUGUACAGCCCCAGUGAACCCUCCGCCCCAGGGGCCGCCCUGCCCCCAGCCCUGCCUCCUGGGGGCAACAGCUCUGCUGCCUCAGACAACACUACAACUCAGGCCGAGGGCUGGCAGCAGCUGCUGAGCUUAUUGCCGGAGCACACCACAGAGAAGCUCCAUGAGGCCUGGGCCUUCGGACAGAGCCACCAGACCGGCAUUGUGGCAGUGGGGCUGCUCACCUGCCUGCUGGCCAUGCUACUGGCUGGCCGCAUCAGGCUCCGCCGCAUCGAUGCCUUCUCCAGCUGUCUCUGGGCCCUGCUGCUGGGGCUGCACCUGGCAGAGAAGUAUCUACAGGCCGCGUCGCCCAGCUGGCUGGACACACUCAAGCUCAGCACCACAUCCCUGUGCUGCUUGGUGGGUUUCACCGCAGCUGUGGCUACAAGGAAGGCGGCAGGCCCACGGAGGUCCCGGCCCCGAAGGUACUUCUCAGGAGACUCUGCCGGCCUUUUCCCCUCCAGCCCUAGCCUGGCCAUGUCCUGCCCAAGCAUCACAAGCUCACCGGCAUCCCUGUUCAUCCCCACUCCACCCGGCUUCCUGCCCCUCACCAAGCAGCAGCUGUUCCGAUCUCCCCGACGGGUCUCCCCCUCCUCGCUGCCAGGCCGCCUCAGCCGGGCCCUGUCACUGGGAACCAUACCUUCUCUGACCCGGACAGACUCAGGAUACCUGUUCAGUGGGAGCCGCCCACCAUCUCGGGUAUCUCCACCUGGGGAGGUUUCUCUUUCAGAUUACUUCUCUUUGCUGUCGGGCAGCUUCCCUUCUUCUUCUCUCCGUUCCCCAACGCCUUCGGUCGCCAGCUCCGUGGCCUCCAGCUCUGGCUCCCUGCGCCACCGCAGGCCCCUCAUCAGCCCUGCCCGCCUCAACCUGAAAGGGCAGAAACUGCUGCUCUUCUCAACCCCCGGGGAAUCGCCCAGUACCCCCAGCAGCUCGGAGGAGCACUCGCCGGCCAACGGCAGCCUCUUCAUUGAGCCUCCCCAGCUCCCCCAAAGGAAUCGCACGCAGGACACCAAACACAACAUGGACAUGAGAUCGAUGCUGGCGAGAGACGGUGCCUGCAGCAGCCACUCCAUCAAGAAAGAGGAUGACUCAUCACAGUCCUCCACCUGUGUGGUCGACACCACCACCAAAGGGUGCUCAGAGGAGACUGCUCCCUGGAAAGCUCGUGUUGGCCCCACUGUUGUCCGGGGCCUCCUGGCUGUGAGCUUGACCAUCAAUGCACUGUUCACCUCAGCCUACCUGUACCAGAGCCUGCGCCGGUCACCUUGAUUGCCCCGAGGGUACGGCCCAGGCCCUUGCUGCUCCCACCACUGCCGCUCAGACCCCUCCCUGAGGGGCUCUGUCUCUGCCUUGACACCAGGGCCCUUGACCCCCUGGGUUGAGUCCCUGACCUCAGGAUACCUGCUGUCCCCGGACAGACUGCAGAUAUCAGCUGUGUUUGGUGCUGACACUCUGACCCUGAAGCCAGGGAUCUCUGACAGCUGCCCAGCCCCAGGGACACGGGUGCUGUCGCUGCAGCAGGGACCAGCCGGGCUGCCUCUGCCCUACCGCUGCCCAGAGGCGCAUCUUCCGCUCCCAGACACCAGAGCCCCGCCAAAACCAGAUGAAGAAAACCCCUGGGAGAC